CCCUGACUCAUAGCGCCGUGCCGGGGGAGAGAACAAACCAUGCUGUUGACAUCAGGAGGCCAGUGAUGUCAUGCUGAUGUCAAUGCCUCUAAUUGUAAACUGCACAAAUAGCCUCACUGUUGGUUGUGGUAACAUCUCAGUGCUGGAGAAGACUUUGAAGAAGACAGUUUCCUCUGAGGAACGCGGGAUUUGCCACAGCAUGGCUGUAACUGGGGAUGAGACAGAAGCAGGCUCCGUUGCCGCCGGCGACUUGGGUAACUACCAUCUGCGCAAUCCCACCUCUACCUCGGUGAAGUCGGAGCCUGGAGUUGGGAGUAAUGGCUCUCUGAAGCCUUUGGAGGUCUCUUUGCAGAAAAGGGAGCUCCGCCUACUGAAAAACAGGGAAGCCGCGAGGGAGUGCCGGCGAAAGAAGAAGGAGUACGUCAGAUGCCUGGAAAACCGCGUGGCCGUGCUGGAGCAGCAAAACAAGACUCUCAUAGAGGAGCUCAGAGCCCUGAAAGACAUCUAUCGACACAAAGCGGAGUGACUCCACCGCAGGGAUCAGGAGCCGCCGAUCGUGUGGACUGUGUUUGUCUGUUUUCCGCGGCGCGUCCCGAGGAGUCUGGAAUAACAACCCGUUUUACCCGCAAAGCACUUCUUGUCACUGCGUUUCUGUGUGUUUACACGGUGAGGUCAGGAUUUCAGGGUCAUCAUUAUCCAACACCAGCAGGAACAAAAACAAGAGUGGGUCGGCAUUAGGAGGGAGAAUACAGGGUUUAAAAAGGCAGCGAGGGGAAAACAAAGGCUGCUUCUGUUUACUGGACACAAAGAGUAGGUAAGGUAAGGGGGGAAAAUAUUGAAGACACUGCCAAGAUGUAUGCCACUGUCACCUUUUAUUAGCUGUUUUCUGCCUGAUUAGCUCCACAUUGGUUCGCAAAAUCAGCUGAUACUCUGAGCAGCAGGGUAUGGGAAUGUAUUUCAAGACAGUUAAAGGUUUGAAGGAUCAGGGAUUUAAAUAAAAUGUGUGAGGGUUUUAAUUCCACUCCAAGAAAUGCUGAAGGCACCAUAACUGCAGGAACCAGCCUUCCUACAUCAGCCAAACGCCAGACCAGAGGGACCCACGGUUCAUACACGUGAUGACAUAUCUCUUUCAAGGCAAAUGCCAUUGCUUAUUUAUUUCCGCAGGUUUUUUUCCAGCAGUUUGACAUCAGGCGUGUAUUUCGGUAAGAAACUCACCCAUUUGCCUGUGGGUGAGGAGAGGAGGUACACAUGAAUUUGUCGUUCAAAUCCACAUCACUUGCCAGGUUUUGUGUUUUAAUUAUUUACUGUCUUAUGCGUGGUUCUUGUCUGGAACACUGUUCCGUUGGUAUAGUUUCCCCAAAUUAAAAGACGUCUUUUACACCAA